AUGAAGGCCGCCGAGACCAACCGCGAGAGGUUCGCCAUCAACAAGUCCUACAGUAUCGAGCUCUUUAGUUUCUCCCGAGAGCUUGCAGGAGCUUUGUUUGAUGAUCUUAUCGCCUUCUUCCAGGGCAGCUUCCUAUAUUAUGUCACUGAAGUGUUUGUUGAUUUGGUCAAUGUUGAGAUCCUCGUCGCUGAUAAGAGUAUAUAUGUUUUGGAUUUUAAGGUUAAAUUCUGUCGCUCUGGUCUUCAAGUGAUCGGGCGAGUGGACGGCUACCUGCUUCCGGAACUGACGGAGGCUCAGCUAGCCCGGAAGAUCGCCUGCUGCCGCGACCUGCUCAAAGUGCUCGACGUGCUGGAUCCGGGCAUCUCGAGACUUAGAGGCCUGACUUUAUACGAACUCCACGCGCCCCUCCUGAUCACUGCCAACCGAGCCUUCCAGGAAACCACCCUCAGGAAGUCGCAGUUCCUCGAGAAGUUGCACGAGGCCGAAGGGUACCUGGAGAGGACGGUGUAUUGCCUGCAGUUCGAGCCCAAUUCGUCGGUGGAGGGGCAGAUCUGCAAGAUCGCCCGAGGGUCCCUGGUAGAGCUCAAGACGUGGAUCCAGACAGUGAAGGAACUGCCCGUCUCGCAUUUCCUGCCUGAGGAAGAGGAGGAAACGAAGCCACAGUACACCGAGGAGGACCUGACUCUCGAGACGCUGCUGAAGAAACUGGAGGAGCAGUGAAGGAGGUGGAGGAGGAGAUUAUCCCAAGAAACAAGAAGCUGAUGAAAGACAUUUGACUGAACGGAUGAAUAAAUGAAUAAGGAGAUAAAUAAAUAAAUAGAUAACUGGGUAGAUAGAUAGAUGAAUAAAUAGGUAAAUGUAUAAAUAGAUAGAUAGAUGGGUAAUUAGAUCAAAUGAUGAAUAAAGAAAUACGUGAAUUAAUUAGAAAUAAAAGAAAAGGAAGAAGGAACUGCAGAAAAACACAGAAGAGGAAAUAAAUAAUAAUAAUAAAAAAUAAAUAAGCGAAUCGAAAAAUAUUUUUAAAAUGUUUUUUUUUUACGUAGUAGUAGAUAAACACGAAAUAAUGAUAACAAUAAUAAAACAUCAAAUAAAAGUAGAAGAUUGUAUUUAAUUUCCAUAUUUUUUACCGAAGAAGAAGAAGAAAAGAAA